AUGGCGAUGUAUAAUAUAGCUUCGCUACUAGAACUAAACACGACUCACUCACCCCGAAAGACUGUCUUCUUUGAAAUGAAGUUGCCGGAGCUUUCUCAGUUUCAAACAACCUCCAUGACUAAGCAAAAUGGACGAGACAAAUCUUCGUCGCUUCUCUCCGACGGCUUCCUCUUCGUUGGUGGAGCUAUGGUGGCUCUCCUAUUUGUUUGGGCUCUUGGGUCCUUCAUAAGCCCAAGCCCUGACCCUAACCACAGUUUCUCAACUGGAGUCACCGAGUCUAAACCCAGAGUUGCCUCAGAAAACGUGAACGUCUCACCACCAAAGUACGCCGUCGAUGCGCAUGGUUCCAACCUGCACUACGACCCACCUGAGCGGACGUUCUACGACCCACCUGAGCGGACGUUCUACGACGACCCCAAACUAAGCUACACUAUAGGAGAGCCCAUUAGAAACUGGGACGAGAAGAGAAAAGAGUGGCUGAAACACCAUCAAUCAUUCGCCGCCGGAGCAGACGAACGAGUCCUAAUGGUGUCAGGUUCCCAACCUUCGCCGUGUAGAAACCCAAUUGGCGAUAAUUUACUGCUGAGGUUUUUUCAAGAACAAGUGGUCCGAGCCGCCAUGGUGGCUCACCCGGAAGCUGAGUGGAUCUGGUGGGUCGACUCGGACGCUGCCUUCACCGACAUGGACUUUACAACUCCCGUUAGACCGAUACAGAAACCACAACCUCGUCGUCCACGGUUGGUCCCACUUGAUCUACGACAAGAAGAGCUGGACUAG